AUGAGACCAAGUUCUGUUUUAAAUGCAUUACAUAAACAUGUUCCAUUAAUAAAAUUUUUAGGUCCAAGGAGUAAAUUGAAUAAAGGUUCAAUUAAUGGGAAUCCAAAACUUCAUCCAGCAGCUCCAAAAGGUUCAACUCUGCCUUCUCAAUCUUUAACUCGUUCAGAUAUUACAACCAAUGCUUCUGCUUCAAAUAAAUCUAAAUCUGAUAGUAAUGCUCAGACAAAAGAAACAGCAGGUGGAGUUUGUUGUGUUAUGCAAGCUUUCAAUAGCAUUUGGAGAUCCGCAGUACUUGAAACACCUACUUCUGGCAUUCCUUGA